ACGAUGCUCAACUGCACCAGCUGCACCAGCUGUGACCUGGCGGCACAGUGGAAAGUGUACGCCCUGGCCUUCGAGAUACUGGUGUGCGCCUGCGGUGUCUCCGGCAGCACCGUCUGCUUGUGGUGUCUGAAGAACUGUGACAAGACGCAAGCGGGGACAAAGAUCCAGCUGUGCUUGCUCUUCGCAGUUAACGCCUUCCUGUGCUCGCUCGCCAUGCCGGGAACCGCCGUGAUUGAGCUCCUUUUCCUGCAGGCCAGGCGGGCCGAGCGGGCGACCGAGAUGACCUUCGUGGCCCUGUACUACAUGGCUGCGUGCAUGGAGCAGAUGGCGCUGACGGUGAUCGCCGUGUACAGAAUGACAGCCGUGUGUUUCCCGUUGAAGUACAAGCUGUGGUCCAGGUCGACUGUGGUUGUGGCGGUCGAAGUCGUUGUCGCUCUGCUUGUUGUGCUGACGCUGACGCUGGCCUUCCAGUUCCAGGAUUGUGAAAUGGUAAUUUCCACUAAGAGCACCGUUGGACAAGUACUGUAUGGCGUGCUCUACUUGGUGUCGAUAAUCAUCACACAGACUGCCUACUGCACCAUGGUUUUCAUCAUGGGCUUCCGGCGGUGCGCGAGGCGGGGCGCCGAGGCGCGGGACCCCGGCUGGGACCAGAUCAGCCUCUCGCUGUGCGUCCUCAUCCUCAUGAACCUCCUCCUGGACGUCCCCCACAUCACCAUGCAUCUCAUGAGCGUCAAUUGGACGGAACCUUCCUUCGUGAUCGUCCAUGCGAUCUACCGCCUCCACUUCGCCCUGGACCCCGUCGUCUUCGUGGGUCUGAACCAGCGGUACCGCCAGAAGGCGCUGCAGAGGGCCUUCUCGCUGGUGCCCGGCCGGCGCCUCCCGUCCGCCUCUAUGGCGGUCUCGCGGUCACUCGAGAGGAUCACGGCCGUGCCAGUUUCUGUGUCCUGAACUUUUCGUCUCUGAGCCGACGCAAGUGUGGAAACGAAGGCGUGUUAUUGAUUCAUGCUGAACAAAAUGUACAUAAAAAUAAUGAACAAGAAGACACACGAGUAUGCCUGAGGUCGCUUCUCUGUGUUACAUCUUCAUGCCCUGAAGAAGUGAUGAAGCGAAAAGGCCUUCAAGAAUAUUCAGGGAUUUUCUUGUUCUUUCCUUCGUUGCUUUCAUUGAAUGUUGCAUUGCUGAUGAGAGUGAAAACAAUGUUAAGCCAAGAACGGGGAAGGAAAUUUCUACUUAUGCUUUUCGUGUUUUGUGCUUUGACCAUAUCCUCUGUGCUGAUCAUAAUAUCCAUUCGCGUCUCAAAAGAAAACGUAAUGAUUUGAGUCAAGUCCCCAACGAAAGCUGUAUGAUUUAUUUGCAGGUACAGGGCAUUUUUCAUGGGUUUAUUUUGCUGUUCAUCUUUCUCUUACUCUCUCUUUUCUCUCUUCUCUCUUUCUCUUUCUCUUUCUCUUUCUCUUUCUCUUUCUCUUUCUCUUUCUCUUUCUCUUUCUCUUUCUCUUUCUCUUUCUCUCUCUCUUCUC